UAAGAGGCGAGGAGAGUGCGCUGUGUCAGCGCAUGAGGAGAGCAGCAGGCACACCUGUUUGGCAGCCAGGUAGCUGCAGGUGAGCCGGGAGAGUUUGGAUACAGACUUAUUUGACAGAACAAAAGGAUUUCCAUCGAGUGGCAGCGGCUGUUAAAGGUAAUUCACAAGGAUCUUGUCUGAAAAUGGAAUUCGAUAAUAUAAAGUCCUCAGCCGCGCUCAUUUAUGAUGAGUUCAUCCAAAAUGCAGACCGACGGACGGCGACCUGGUUCCUCAUGUCGUCUCCUCUCCCCCAAGCGCUUGUCAUUGCAGUAUACAUCUACUUCGUCACGUCGCUGGGGCCUCGGAUAAUGGAGAACCGCAAAGCCUUCGACCUCAAAGGAGUUCUCAUAGUCUACAACUUCAGCGUGGUGGCUCUCUCGUUAUACAUGUGCUACGAGUUUGUGAUGUCAGGAUGGGGUACGGGAUACACCUUUCACUGCGACCCAGUCGACUACUCUGACUCACCACAGGGCGUGAGGAUGGCAGCAACAUGCUGGCUUUACUACUUCUCCAAGUUCAUUGAGAUGUUAGACACAAUUUUCUUUGUGCUGAGGAAGAAGAAUAGCCAGGUGACAUUUCUUCAUGUCUACCAUCACUCAAUCAUGCCCUUCACCUGGUGGUUUGGAGUUCGCUUCUCCGCAGGUGGCAUGGGGACAUUUCACGCCCUGCUCAACUGUAUCGUCCAUGUUAUCAUGUACACGUACUACGGCCUGACUGCUUUGGGCCCCAACUACCAGAAGUACCUGUGGUGGAAGAAAUACUUGACGACCAUUCAGCUGAUCCAGUUUGUUAUGGUGACGAGCCAUAUCUCCCAGUAUUUCUUCAUGGACUGCUCCUACCAGUUCCCCAUCUUCGUCUACAUCAUCGCCUCGUACGGCCUGAUUUUCCUGUUCCUCUUCCUCAACUUCUGGUACCACGCCUACACCAAGGGCAAAAGGCUGCCUAAAGUGCUGCAGAAUCAGACAUGGGCGCACCACAGCAACGGAGUCAUGAACGGAAACGCCAGUCACGAAAAAGACGAGUGACUCAAGACUCGGCUCGUCAAGUGGUUUCGGGGGUUGACCUUAUUUAUGUAAGCAAACGGCUUCUGAGAUUCAACUCCUAUUAGUUCGGACUGCAUUUUCUGAUGGUUUUCUACUUGCAACUGCAAAAGACAAUCUUUAAAUUUUGACCAAAGCUAUAUUUAAGAAGUUUAUUGACUCAAGCUGAAGGGUUUUAUCUUAUAUAUUUUUUUUGUUUACAACGAAGGUAAAGCCCAAGUUCUGCUAUGGACGUUCCCAAGUAUCCCUCCUUUCUGUUACAGUAUGGUUUAAAAAAAUAUUUCAAGCGUCCGAAAUCGACUCCACCAUUCCUACUGACCCUCGACUGUAUAGUCAAUCUGGGCUUCCUCAAGAAGCAUCUAAUGCAGAGAUCAUUUUCAUCUUGAUCUUACUUCUCAGAAGACCCUUUUAUAGGAAAUACAGUUCAGGGUUUUUAAAGUUGUGCACUGAAAAAGUUGUUUAUUUCACCUGGCCAAAAAAAAUGUUACGUCGACCGUUCCGAGUCGAUAUAUUUUAAAUGGUGUUCAGGCUACACAUGUCCUGUUGUUACAUGCAUGCAGAACAGGGUUUUUUUUCUAUUAGUUUUGAUCACAUAUGCACGCCCACUUCUCUAUGGUUGAGUCACAACUGCUGCUGAUGGUACAGAGUUAUCUUUUAUACAGUAAAAUCACUUUAUUCUCCGAUGAAGCGACGACGUGACAGAGAUGCCAGAGAGGAAGGCUUACGGACCACUGUGGUUCUUUUAGAAUCCAAAGCAGAGCUUGAGCUGUAGUUUUACUAUUUCCUUAUUGCAAAAUAACACUGUAUUACAGGAUCGCAAUAUGCACAAAUACAUGGAUUCGAUAUUUAGCCCACCGGUCAGAAAACACGAGCAGCCUUGCUUGCCUGUGUUUAAGUGUUUUGCUUCAUGUGUUGACGUUCUGUGGCUAAAGAGGUCUUCAGGCGGCUGGAGUCAGGUAGUGCCUUUGGACUGAGGUCUGUGGAGUAGUUUUAUAUCCCGUUAUGAUGACCUUAAACUGAGAAGUGAAUGUAACACUCUGCUCCUUUGGUGACUGAGGACACAGGACAGAGCUUGAUGUGGAAAGAGUUCUACCUUUUCUUAUUCGGCUGUAAGCCCAUGUUGACACUAAAGAUUUACAGAUCUACAUUGCAUACAAAUGGAGGGGGAGAACUUUGUUUUCAGUUCCUUGUCAGAUCCCUUAUGAUGGCAAUAGUUAAUACUGUAAGAAAUGUGAAAUGAGAUGUUUAUUUUGUAUUUUAUAUGUAUUUAUAUGAAAAUAAAUGAACUAUGUACUUUGAA